AUGUAUGCACAUAGAUAUUUGUCACUGAACAGUAGUUCAACUGAUAUUUCAACUAAUGAAGAGCGGUUGGGCUGGAGAUACAGUCGAAGGAGUUUGGUGGUGUCAACAAUAUUUAUGGAUUUCAUACGAGCUGAUCCCUUUAUUGACUUCCAUCCUUCAAGCAAAGAGCUAAGCAGAGACAUCACUAGACACAAUCACUCGUCAUCUAAAACAAGGAUUUCAGGAAUUCAUAGAAUGACAACUAUGCCUGGUUCCACAUCUGCCUGCGAUACGAUCAACCAGUUACCAAGCAAUGUGAUGGAGAACAUCCUAAUGCGCUUGCCCCAGAAGGAUGCAAUAAGAACGAGCAUAUUGUCAAGCAAAUGGAGAUAUAAAUGGUUAGCUCUGCCACAGCUUGUAUUCGACUGUCCUCGCGACUACAAGUUAGACGUUUCAGAACGAAUCAAGCUUGCGUUCGCUGUUUACCAAGCUUUGCUACUUCAUCGUGGACCUCUAUUUAGGUUCAGUUUCUCAGUUUCUGAGUUGGAGAACUGUUCUGAUAUCAAUCACUGGCUACAUUUCCUAUCAGAGAAUGAUAUCGAAGAUUUCACCUUUCGUGUCUGGACAGGCGAGCACUAUAAACUGCCGUGUCAUCUGUAUUCCUUUCAGCAACUGAGGCAUUUAAAUCUUUAUAAUUGUGCGUUCAAGCCUCCAUCUACGUUCAAAGGAUUCGACAGGCUAGUUAGUCUUGAGUUUCGGAAAGUGCUCUUUGCAGCUGAGAGGUUCGGUAUUUUCAUAUCUAAUUGCCCGUUAUUGGAAAGAAUGGCAUUAGAAGGUUGCCCCCAUUUCUAUUGCCUCAGAAUCAGUGCACCUAAUCUCAAGUGUUUAUCCUUUUGUCGGACUUUCGAUUCUAUUAAUUUGAAAAAUACUCCUCUUCUUGAAAAUCUGUCGAUUUCUAUGAAUGGAAUCCCUGAAACUGCGAAAUACUUGAGGGACAGGAAAACUUCUAACUUGAUUGAGAUUGUGUCUAGCGUACCUGCAGUUGAGAAGCUGUCUGCAGAGCAGCAUUUUCUUAAGGCAAACACCAAGACCGAGGCCGCCAUGGAACCUGUUUUGGAAUAUAUGAGAGUUCAGGACUUCUCAGAUUGCUCACUGAACCGACUUCGAGAAGUAAAGAUGCAACUCAUCUCAGGUGUGCAGUCAGAAUUGGAGUUCAUGAAGCUUUUGCUAGCUAAAUCCACCAUGCUUGAAAAACUGGAAAUCUUACCCACCAAAGAGAACAGCACUAAUGGUGGAUUUCAAAUAUUGAGAGAAUUGAUACGGUUUCGACGAGCUUCAGCAAAAGCUGAAAUCAUAUACCUAGACCCUGACCUAGAUGGAUUCUCAUUUUAG